AUGAGUGCUGCUCAGAGUCAAACAGGACUGGAGGCCCAACUGGAGGCCCUGCAGUGCCACUUCACCUGGGAUCUGGACCCGAGCAGUUCCAAGCUUUUCUGUCUCAGGGACAAGCUAGAGGACAUCGGCACAGAGGAGGGAUACAGCUGGCUGGGUCACAUUUACAACCUGCAGGGGUUCAUCCACUACCAGCUGGGCCUCAGCGAUGAUGCCUACCGUUUCUUCAGCAGGGCUGCAGAGGCCUUCCGUCAGAUUAAAAACACUGUCUCAGAUGAGGGUCCUUGGUUGGUGGUGAACCACGGGAACCUGGCUUGGCUGCACUACCAUGAGGGAGAACAAGCAGAGAGUGAGGCUCACCUGUCUAAAGUCAAGUUCCUGAUGAAUGAAUAUCCAUCUCCAUCCCAGGAGGAGCUCCAUCCAGAGAUCUGUGCUGAAAAAGCCUGGACCCUGAUGAAGUUCAGCGCAGACAAAAUGCUGCUUGCUGCGGAUAACUUCCAGAGAGCCAUCAGGAUGCAGCCGGACAUGGUGGAGUGGCACACCAGCCACGUCAUAGGGUUGGAGAAUGCUCUUAGGCACAGAGAGAAAAACAUGGGGGCUGAUAUCUUUGAUAAAUUGAAAAUCGCCAAGAAACAUGAUCCAGAUAAUUUGUACCUCACUGCGCUGUACUUUGAGGCAUGUGCCAAGAGAGGGAAAAAAAAUGAAACUGAAGCACGGGAGUUGGCUAGAAGAGUUUUAAGAAAGCCCAUCAGCAGCUACAGUGGUUUAAAACCGUUACUAAGGCUGUACAGAAUCUAUGUAUCCAUGGAUGAGGCCAUUGACUUGGCAGAGGAGGUUCUGGAAAGACAUCCACAUGAGCGUUACCUCAAGAGAUGUGCUGCAAUCUGCUACAAGAAGAAGAUCUUUCUGCACAGGGACAAUCCUUUGGAGAACGGUAUGAUCGAUCGAGCAAUCAGUCUCCAUAAAGAAGUGAUCACUCUUUACCCUUUUUCUUCACUUACAAGGAAAAUAUCUCUUGCAAACAUCUAUGCCGAGUCCAAUGACCAAGGAAAAACUGAUGAGAUAUACGAGGAACUGCUGGGAAGUGACUUGGGUGCAGAAGGGGCACAGAUGCUUUACAACAACUACGCACAAUAUGUACACCGCUUUCGAAAGGAGAGCUACAAGUCGAUAGAAUAUCACAUAAUGGCAGCAGCAAUAACGCAACAAUCUUGCUAUCGUGAGAACAGCCUCAGAACUCUGGAGAAGAUCAGAGUAAGGGGCAGAAACAGAAUGUGCAGAGAAAUAGAUGAGUUUCUGAAAAACAUACAAGACUGA